AUGUCGGCACUUAUCAGAGCAAUUCCAAGGGUUUCUAGAGCUUCCCUCUUAUCAGCAGCUAGAUGUCAAACUCAAUUUCAAUUGAGAUGCUACGCGUCUUAUCCUCCACACACUAUCAUUGGCAUGCCUGCUUUAUCUCCAACAAUGGUACAAGGUAACUUGGCUGUUUGGUCCAAGAAGGAAGGUGAUAAGUUGAGUCCUGGCGAAGUGAUUGCCGAAGUGGAAACUGACAAAGCUCAGAUGGACUUCGAAUUCCAAGAAGAUGGUUACCUGGCUAAGAUUCUUGUUCCUGAGGGAACCAAGGAUAUUCCAGUCAACAAGCCAAUUGCUGUUUAUGUUGAAGAUGAAGGUGAUGUUGCCGCGUUCAAGGACUUCAAAGUUGAAGACAGCGGUUCGGGGGAACCGAAAGGCAAAGAAACAGAAAAGAAGACUGAAGAGAAGCCAACCGCCACUUCCGAAAAGAAAGCAGAGCCAAAAUAUGCUUCAGCCCAACCCUCUGCUCCAACUGAUAGAAUCUUUGCCUCUCCGUUAGCUAAGACUAUCGCUCUGGAAAAGGGUAUUGCUUUGAAGAACGUUAGCGGCACAGGUCCUCGUGGUAGAAUUACCAAAGCAGACGUCGAAGCAUUCUUAAAAAAAGCACCAUCUUCAUCUGCUUCUGCAACUGCUGGCUCUGGUUCCGCUGCUGUCAAUGCUGCCUCAGCUUCUUAUGAAGAUGUCGAAAUAUCUACUAUGAGGGGAAUUAUUGCCAAGCGCUUACUGGAAUCGACACAAAGUAUUCCUUCGUACAUUGUUUCUUCUGAAAUCUCUGUUUCCAAAUUAUUGAAAUUGAGGCAAUCCUUGAAUGCGUCUGCAAAAGACAAAUAUAAAUUGUCAAUAAACGACAUUUUGAUAAAAGGUAUCACUGUGGCAGCAAAAAGAGUUCCUGACGCAAACGCAUAUUGGUUAGAGGAUAAGGGUAUUAUAAGAAAGUUCAAGAAUGUUGAUGUUUCUGUUGCUGUAGCUACACCAUCAGGUUUGCUAACACCUAUUGUAAAAAACGCUGAAUCUAAGGGUUUAGUGGCCAUUUCCAGUGAGGUUAAAGAACUUGUGUCUCGCGCUAAGAUAAACAAAUUAACACCAGAGGAAUUCCAAGGUGGUACCAUUUGUAUCUCCAACAUGGGUAUGAACGCUGCGGUUACAAUGUUCACUUCUAUCAUCAAUCCACCCCAAUCAACAAUCCUAGCUAUCGGUACUGUCAGAAGAGUUGCCGUUGAGGAUGCGGGUUCGGAAAAUGGUAUUUCUUUCGAUGAUAAGAUUAAUAUCACAGGUACAUUUGAUCACAGGACGAUCGAUGGUGCUAAAGGUGGUGAAUUCAUGAAAGAGUUGAAAACAGUUAUCGAAAACCCAUUGGAACUACUUCUAUGA